AUGAUCUUCCGCUUCUAUCACUUUCCAUUUCAGAAUCACCAUCAGCAGGAUGAUGAAAAUGAAUAUUUCUCGAAGAAUUUGAUUGAAACCAUCACACUGCUCUGUAAAAAUAACGUGAGGCACAUGAACGAUUUGAAAAUACAAGGCUUGAUUGCACUGACAUCUGAUUCAACCAAUUUUAUGGUUAUCCCAAUUGACGAACUGAUCACUAAAAAUAGUAACAACUUUCAACAACAAAGUUAUCACAAUCAUCAUGACAACUCUAACAGCAGCAACUGCAACAACUCUUCUGUUGGCGCUAUGUUUCCAAUGAUGAUGAAUGGCGGUAUGAAUUUUCAAAGUGUUCAAAGACCACCUUUUGUUAGGGCCCCACUGGCAGGGAGAGGAAGGGGCACACCUCAGAGGGGCACUUCAGCCAGGAUGAAGAUUCCAAGUCAGUUUUUGACACCAAACAAAGCCAAAGCAAAACAAAAUUUAAAGUUUUUUACUCCUCAGAAAAAGUCGCCUCACCCCAGGCUUCAGUCAUCUCCAGUGCCAAUACAAAAAAGAGCCCAAAGAGUAGAUUACAUGCAAGAUGUUGAGACAACUGACAACGAAUCGAGGCCAAUGUCGGCCAACAAUCAACCUCCGCAAAAACGUCGGUUAGUUCCAGUAAAACAGGAAAUAGACAUAGAAGAACCAACAGAGAAUCAACAAUGGCAGCAAUCAAAUCCAAGAUCCUCUCGUGCUAAUAAUAAUUAUACAAGGCCAGGUGAUGUGUUUGUUCUAUCUGAUGAAGAAACUGACUACAGGCCAGUUAGAAUUAAAAGUGAAUUCUCUGACAAUCAUAACAGAAACGUUGCGAAUGAAAUGAUAGAUGCUGAUGGGCUCCAAAGUAAUCUGGAAGACAUUGUACAAGACUCACUGACUGCCUGCCAAAAUAGAAUGCCUGCUCUGAGGUACAUCAAAGAAGAGCCCACGAUAACCAUUGAAAACUUGAAAAGUGAGCUCUCCGACAACACAUAUGACCAGCAACAGUAUCAGACAUCCACGUCCCAGCAACAACAACAGCAACCAAAACAAUGUCUUGAGUGCGGGGAAGUAUUCAGCAAUUUAAGGGCUCUGAGGCAACACAUGAGACAAGCCCAUUCAUCCGGUGCUAGUUGCAAUAAUGGCAGUAAUAAUACUAAUAGUUGUAGCAGUAGUAGUAGUGCUGUUAUCAGUAGUAAUAACAUGAUGGUGCUGUCCAAUGAUGAUGUUGUCACUCAGAUAACUGUUGGAGAGGUCGUUUCAACUGGUGAUUAGGUGAUGAAACUGUACAAUCAGACGAUGAAACUGAAUAACGAGUGACUAAUUCACUUGUUAUUUUAUUAUGACUGCUCUGACUUUUACAAUUUUAUAUCUGCUUGUCGUACUUACAAACAAUAGCAUGUCUGUUAAAUGUUUUACACAUAUGUGAGAUGAUCUGUUAUGUAUACAAGCAUUACAGACAUACCAGUCAGUCAAAAUAAUUAUUCUACUUCAUACAUUAAUGUCCACCGUAUGCGUUUUUAUGUGCAUGUAUUUGGCUUAUUAUGGUAUGGUAUUCAUUCGUACACUUGUAUUCUUGCAUGUUUGUAUAUUAUCUAUUUCUGUAUAUACAGAAAGUAAUGUAUGUGUAUUUUUUUCGAAAAUGUUUACCUCUGGUUUCCAAAUAUAGAAGUUGUUUCUUUGCUACAUAGAUACUUGUUAUACUCAUUUUAAUUUCAAUUUAAUUUGUUUAUACAUCUCUAAUUAGUAUUAUUUAAUUAAUUAACUAAUUGAUUGACUGUUUAAUCAUUUAUUGUGAAAGUUAUGGGAGUAUUUUCACAGGUGUCAAACAAAAUUUGCAUGUUUCAUAUUUUUCAAACUCACAUUUGGACUAAAUUGAAUUUUUUUUGUAAGUUUGCAACAAAAAAUUUUGAUUAAUAAGACUUUAAUAUUCAGAAAAAUAGAACUUUCAAUGAAUAUAUUUUUAUAAUAAAAAUAUCUUUUUACAAAGAGACAGAUGGUUAAAUGCAGCUUAACCACACCUGCUUAACAUUAAAUUUUUUUCUGAUUUUAUUCUCAUUUUUUCACCAUUUAUUUGUUGACUACUUAUUAGUAUUGAUCAUUUUACAGCCAGUUGUUUAUAUGACAAAUAAUAAUCAGAUGCACAUAUGGCUUGAAUGGAUGUAUAUAUCCAUUCAAGCCGUAUGUACAUACGAUUAUAUACAAAUAUACAUACGAUAUUGAACGAAAAGUUAUAUACAAAGAGAAAUACAGGAUAAUAUAAUUCAUUUUAUCAAUACAUUACAUAGCCUGUAACAAAAUAAUACAUUUGGAU